AUGACGACUAAGACUAUCCAUGGGAACUCACAAUUCCAAAAGCCCUCCUCUCUACGCCAGACGUGGGAGUCACCCGGUGGAGGGUACCGUAAUGAAAUAGACCACAUGUUCGUCAAUAGAAGGUUCUGCCUGACGGACGUCGCUGUUGUACCAAAGUUCUAUACGGGAUCGGACCAUCGCCUCCUCCGAGGGAGAUUUUCUUUCACAAGGAGAGCAGAGAAAGCCGCCAAGUUCAGAGGAAGAAAUCUCAGAGCUACCAUCAACUGGGAUCUCUUCGCUACGUUAGCCGGCUUUUGGGAAGAUUCCGCAAUGGACAACAUCGACGAGGAAUAUGACCGGCUCGUUGAACACCUUCACGACUGCGGAAAAAGGCUGAGACGUGGAGCAGCACGAGCCGCAGGAAACCAAGAACUUACGUCCGAGCUCGCAAGGCUUUGCAGAGAGGCGAUAAAGGAAGACCUUAAAGAGAGAAGAGCAGAAGUGCUGGCUGAGGCUGCAGAGGCGGGGAAAAGUAUCCGCUAUGCCCGUCGAGACUUCGCCAGUCGCAAGACGAGGAUGAUUGCUCUCCGGAACCAACCAAUCCACUUGCCUUCUCACCAUCUGAGGGAAGACGAACAUAUCAUUCCUGAGGUUCUCCCGUCCGAAAUACGACAUGCUAUCAUGUCGGUAAGAAAUCGUACGGCACCCGGUCCCGACAGAAUAAGACCAGAACAACUGAAGAACCUUCCGCCAGUACUCAUCAACACCCUGGCGAGGCUCUUUACACGUUACCUGUCGGAAUGCAAGGUUCCUAAACAGUGGAAGACCAGCAAACCGUGUUGCUGUAUAAAAAGGGAGAUCCACAUGACAUUGGCAACUAUCGCUCAAUCUGCUUACUGUCCGUCAUCUACAAGCUCUUUACAAGAGUAA